AAAAAAGCUAAGUCUGGUGACAUCGCGGGGCUUCUUUCCAACUGUGUAGGAAUCAAUACAGAAAGCUAGAAACGGGAGUAUAUUUCAUACGUUCCAAAUCUAAAAACCUGAGACCUAAGUGUGAGUGGAAUAGACAAGUAGAGGCGGACCGCAUAUCUCCAAUUUUAUUGGAUAAUGCAUGUCAUACGUCAUUCAUUAAGAAAAAAAUUCAAAGGUUCUGAUUGCUCUAAGCUUAUUUAAAGAGCGAAGCUUCAAAAUCUCAGUUGUUUGUUUUGGAAAAAUGUACCCAGCAUCGGAAACUAUUAACCGGUAGCCUACUGUAGGCAAUUAGUAAUUUAUUUAUAUAUUGACCGCUAAUAAGAGCAUUCAGAUUUGCUGUCUUGAUUAUAAAGUUCAUAAGCGAGAGACGCAUUGUUUGUCCGAAAUCAUAUGAAUCCAUCUAGCAACAUAUUCAUGAAGACUACACAAUGGAAAGUUGUAGUAAGGAUGUAGGAUUCCAGGGAGCUCUUUUAACAGUCCUCUUGCUUCUUGCAGUCUCCACAGUUCCAGCGGAUGGCGAUUCAUAUAAUAUAGUGUCCAAAGAGAAACAACUAAUAAAGUUUCUCCUUGACCGUUACGCCACCUUUGGACGCUAUGGCAGACCUGUCGUUAACACCUCCGAGAUCAUCACCAUUAGAUUUGGUCUUUCUUUGAUCCAAAUUCUAAAAGUGGACGAAAAAAAUCAAGUUUUCGAGACAAAUGUUUGGGAAACCUUCACCUGGAAAGAUGCAUUGCUAACAUGGGACCCAGAUGAACACGAGGGAAUUAAAAAGAUUCGCGUUCCCUCCGAACAAGUCUGGAUACCGGAUCUAAAACUUUACAAUUUUGCGGACCCUAGAUUAAAAGAAAAACGGGAUGCUCUCGUUGUGGUAGAACAUGAUGGCUCAGUCAUGUGGAUGCCGCAAGCUAUUCUCCGUAGCAACUGCCCAUUCAGUACAACUUAUUUCCCUUUUGACUCUCAGACAUGCAAAAUGAAAUUUGGUUUUUGGACAUACGAUGGAACUCAACUGGACCUCGACUUCUUUCAGGAUGUUCAUCAGAUGUCUGUAACAGACUAUCUUAGUGCCACGGAAUGGGACAUUAUCGCAAAUUAUGCUAACAAAACAAAUUUCUUCUAUGAAUGUUGCCCUAAUCAACCCUUUCCAGAUCUUACCUUUUACAUAACGAUCAAGAGAAAGGUCGCUUUUUAUACGUUCAUUUUAAUUCUACCAUGUGCUCUGUUGUCCCUUCUGACGUUAGUGAUAUUCUGGGUUCCACCUGAAUCACCUGCAAAAUUAGUUCUUGGAAUGAAUGUUUUUGUCGCCUUUUUCGUCUUGUUACUAUUGCUGGCGGAAUCAACUCCAAAAGCCGCAGAGAGUGUUCCUUUGAUUGGAACUUACUUCUGUUUGAGCAUGAUAAUGAUCACCCUGUCCACAAUUCUGGCUGUUAUAGUGACAAACAUGUUCUUCCGAGGUGUUCGAAUCAAUCGCGCACCUGCUUGGCUUCGAACGCUUAUGAUCGACAUUGUUGCCCGAGUAUUUUUUAUCCGGCAUCAGCUUGUCGAAGAACAACAGACAGAUACAUCUCAGAAAGUAGUGUGUUCUCAGGUCCGUCUCCUGAAUGAUGGAAAAGAGGAACGAACAUUUACAAUGCCCAAACCCCCUUCUAUGCAAAACACGGGGUUGCAGCAAAAUUCGGGCGUUCAGAACAUCUUUGAACAAAACAAUUGCCAUACUUCUCCCGAUAGCAACGAAAACGACAGGCUUAAUAUACUCAAAUCAAGCCUAGCAACGGACCUUCGGAAAAUACGUGAAAUUCUGGAAUUUCAUAGGGAUAAAAAAGAGAAGGCAGAGAGAAAAGAGAAACACGUUAGAGAGUGGAGGGUUAUCUGUUGUGUUACAGAUCGCUUGUUCUUCCUAUGUUAUCUCAUUAUAAACAUAACAAUGAUCAUUGUCAUUUUCUAUGGAAUCAAUUGAAAAAAAAUCACUCUUUUCACAAAAAACCAAUAGAUCAUUUUCUUUUCUUUUUUAAAUUUUGCUCUGAUUUGUCUUUUUUUUUGUGUUGAUUUUACACAAUUAAUACGUAUGUUCACACUUAUUUUAUUUAUAAUUAGUCAGUUAUGCUUGCUUUUCACUUCUAUUUAAACAUUAAAUCAAAUAACUUGGAAUCUUUUAUUUUACAUGUACAAGAAUGCAAAUAAAAGUAUGCCACUUCUGAAUUCUUACAGCAAUAAUGGAAUAUACAUGUUUAUUAAAUGUGAACCCUAAGUUAUUUAUUGUCGUCAAACUUUCUCUUUAUUUAUUCAUUUAAAAAAAUUUACUUACAAACACAUACAAUAUUUUGUCCAUUUGUUCACAAGUAAGAUGAAAUGAAAGAUUAAUGCAUUGUACGGAAGAAUCGAAACUGAGAGGAUCUUUUAGGUAACAAGAAAACACUGGUAAAUUCUGGUUCCAUGAAACUGAUAUGAGAAAUACUUUAUCAUGUAUGCAUGCACAUAAAUAUAAUUUGAUGACAUGUGAUCUACUUUGUUUUAUCAUGUAUGAAAUUGUAAAAAAAUGCAAUAAGAAUGAUAUCUUUAUUGCUUUGUUCUUCACUUAAGUCCCUCACCUCUGUAGCAAAACUUUGCUACCUGUAAAUAAAACCUAUAUGUUUGUAAAGGAAUGUUAUGUUUUCUAUGCAGAAAUGUGAUAUGAGAGUGUGAACAAUUUAAAUGUGGUUGAAAUACAUUAUUAUUUAUUAUUAAAUUAUUAAUGGAUCAUCAAUGUAUAGUUGGUCACAGAUGUUAAUAAAUAUUUUUCACUUUU